UUACAGAAAACCAAAACACUUCUGACAACUCCUCUGACUUAGAAACCCUUUUGCAAACUACUGAAAAAAAAGAAACCAAAGACAAAGUCAUAAAAACUCUAGAAGGGGUAGAUAAUACUCCAAACCUAGAUCAUGAUAAAGAAAAUGAUAUGAAAGAUGUCUUCUAUACAACUGUAAUAUCAAAAAAAUAUAAGAAAUCUGACAAAAACAAGAAAACCUCUACUGCAAUAGAAUAUGAAAAAGAAGACUCUACAAAGA